AUGGAUCCACUUGUGUUCCUGGUGCUCUGUAUCUCCUGUUGCCUCCUCCUUUCAUUUUGGAAACAGAGUUCUCAGAAAAGACAUCUCCCUCCUGGCCUUACUCCUCUCCCAGUUAUUGGAAAUAUCUUACAGUUAGUUGUAAAAGAUAUCAGCAAAUCUCUGAGCAAUCUUUCUAAAGUCUAUGGCCCUGUGUUCACUGUGUAUUUAGGCAUGAAACCCGUUGUGGUUCUGCAUGGAUAUGAAGCAGUGAAUGAAGCCCUGAUUGAUUUUGGAGAAGAAUUUUCUGCAAGAGGCAGUUUUCCAAUGGCUGAAAGAGCUACUAAGGGAAAUGGAAUCAUUAACAGCAAUGGAAAGAAGUGGAAGGAUAUUAGGUGCUUCUCUCUCGUGACCUUGAAGAAUUUUGGGAUGGGGAAGAGAAGCAUUGAGAAUCGUGUUCAAGAAGAAGCCUGCUGCCUGGUGGAAGAGUUGAAAAAAACCAAUGCAUCACCAUGUGAUCCUACUUUUAUCCUGGGUUGUGCUCCCCGCAAUGUGAUCUGCUCCAUUAUAUUUCAGCAUCGUUUUGAUUACAGAGAUCCACAUUUUCUAAGCAUGAUGGAAAAACUUAACGAAAAUUUCAUGAUAAGUUCCCCAUGGUUGCAACUUUGUAAUGCUUUCCCUGUUCUCAUUGUUCUCCCUGGAAGUCAUAACAAAGUAUUCAAAAAUAUUGAUUUCUUUAAAAGUUAUGUUUUUGAGAAAACAAAAGAACAUCAAGAAUCUCUGAACAUUAGUAAUCCUCGAGACUUUAUUGACUGUUACCUCAUCAAAAUGGAAAAGGAAAAGCACGAUAAAAACGUGGAGUUUACUUUAGAAAAUCUGACUGUCACAGCUACUGAUCUGUUUGCAGCUGGGACAGAGACAAAAAGCACUACGCUGAUGUAUGCUCUUCUUCUCCUGCUGAAGUACCCUGAGGGCACAAAUAUAAUUAUAUCACUGGCUUCUGUGCUGCAUGAUGAAAGAGAAUUCCCUAAUGCAAAAGUGUUUGAUCCAGGCCACUUUCUGGAUGAGAGUGGAAAAUUUAAGAAAAGUGACUACUUCUUGACUUUUUCAGCAGGAAAACGCUCAUGUGCAGGAGAAAGCCUGACCCAAAUGGAACUGUUCUUGUUCCUGACUACCAUUUUACAAAAAUUUAACUUGAAAUCUGUGGUUGAUCUCAAGGACCUUGAUACUACUCCUGUUGCAAAAGUAUUGACUUCUGUACCUCCUUCUUACAAGCUCUGCUUUGUUCCUGUGUGA